UUGAAUGGUCGGCACGAUAGCUUCUUAAACCAAUUUGAAAAACUUAUAGUCGAAUGAGAGAAAUUAGGGCUUUGUUUAUACUCCGAUCAUGCUUAUCCCUACACCGACAAGACCAAACAGCGAUCUUCUGUUACAAUUCCAGAUAGAUUGUCCUUUUCAAAUCUGGCUCUUUUAGGAACAUCAAGUUAGGAAACCGAUGGGCAUACUUCAACUGUUGUGAGGAUCCUUGCUGUGUAGCAGAGGUACUUUUAAAUUAAUUUUGAUCUGUCUGGCCGUCUCUCCGGAUUAAGAGUUGUCAAAACCGGCCUUAAUCCGGCACGAAUUCGAGAGAACGAAGCAGAAAGUGCAUUUUGGGAAAAAUGUUAGACCAAGUCUACGUUUGCAGAAGAAGGCCAUCAACGGGAAGACAUCAUCUUGCUCGCGUGUUGUUCCUGGUUCUUGUAGCUGUCGGAAUCUCUGUUCCUGUCUUCGGUUUUCUUCCUUCACUGUCAUCUCCUCAGUUUCUUCCUACUGCCUUUCCUCGGGACGAUAAGAUGAUAUCUCGGAUUUUUUAUAUAAGAGAUGACAUGUUCUGGAAAGAUGAGAAUCCUUUUCAAAUCAUUGGUGGUGAUUUGCACUACUUCCGGGUUCUUCCUGAGAUUAUGGAUGCAGUACUGGGAAGAUAGGCUCCUGAGAGCCAAGGCUUUAGGUCUGAAUACUAUACAAAUGUAUGUUCCUUGGAAUCUGCACGAACCAAAGCCUGGGGAGAUGGUCUUUGAGGGUAUUUCUGACGUUGUGUCCUUUAUCAAGCUGUGUCAGAAACUAGAUUUCCUGGUUAUGCUGCGUGCUGGACCUUAUAUCUGUGGAGAAUGGGAUUUUGGGGGUUUUCCUGCAUGGUUACUCGCUGUGCAACCACCUCUCAAAUUAAGGACAUCAGAUCCUGCAUAUCUUAAGUUGGUUGAAAGAUGGUGGGAUGUUUUGUUUCCAAAGGUAUUACCCCUGCUUUACAGCAACGGGGGUCCUGUUAUAAUGGUUCAGAUUGAAAAUGAAUAUGGCUCAUACGGAAAUGACAAAGCUUAUCUUCGUAAUCUAGUUAGUAUGGCAAGGGGAUACCUGGGGGAUGACAUUAUUGUGUACACAACAGAUGGAGGUACAAGAGAAACUCUUGAGAAAGGAACUGUGCCCUUAGAUGAUGUUUACUCAGCUGUUGAUUUCACUACCGGUGAUGACCCUUGGCCAAUAUUCGAAUUGCAAAAGAAGUUUAAUGCUCCAGGAAGAUCAGCUCCACUUUCCUCGGAGUUCUAUACUGGUUGGCUCACGCAUUGGGGUGAGAAGAUUGCAAAGACAGAUGCCGAAUUUACGGCAGCUUCUCUUGAAAAAAUACUGUCUCGAAAUGGUUCUGCUGUGCUUUAUAUGGUGCACGGAGGAACAAAUUUUGGUUUCUACAGUGGAGCAAAUACUGGCUCUGAAGAAUCUGACUACAAACCAGAUCUGACAUCCUACGAUUAUGAUGCUCCCAUUAAAGAGUCUGGUGACAUAGAUAAUCCAAAAUUCCAAGCUCUCCAGAGAGUGAUUAUGAAGUACAAUCCUGAACCACACUCCAUUAUCCCCUCCAAUAAAAAACGGAAAGCAUAUGGCUCGAUCAAGAUGCAGAUGACAGCAUCUCUGUUUGAUUUAGUUAGUAUGACAGAUGUUGCAGAUGUGAUCACCUCUGCCAACCCAAUUUCAAUGGAAUCUUCUGGACAGAUGUUCGGAUUUCUUUUAUAUGAAUCUUCAUACGUCGCAAAAAAGAGUGGGAAUAUACUAAGAAUACCCAAGGUACAUGACAGAGCUCAAGUGUUUGUUUCAUGCCUUUCCCAAGAUGUUGAUGUGGGAGUACUGAGAUACAUUGGCACAACUGAGAGAUGGAACAACCACCCUGUCACUAUUCCAACUAUUGGAUGUACCUCUAACACUAGCUUAUCUAUUCUGGUUGAAAACAUGGGUCGUGUAAAUUACGGGCCAUAUAUCUUUGAUGAGAAGGGUAUUCUGUCUUCCGUUUAUCUAGAUGGUCAAAUCCUCCAUGGAUGGAAGAUGAUACCAAUUCCUUUUCACAACUUGAAUCAAAUGCCAAAUCUCAGUUUCGAGAUACAAAAUACCAAAAAGAGAAGUCAGAAGUUUAAUGAUGUUAGUCAAAAGGAACCAGCUCUGUUUGCUGGCGAGUUCUCUAUUAACAGUGUAGAAGAAAUCAAAGAUACAUAUCUAUCAUUCAAUGGUUGGGGUAAAGGAGUUGCUUUUGUCAAUAAAUUCAACAUCGGAAGAUAUUGGCCGUCUGUUGGACCACAAUGCAACCUCUACGUCCCUGCGCCUCUCCUUAAGCCUGGCCAAAAUUCUGUGGUGAUUUUCGAGCUGGAGUCGCCAUAUCUCGACCUUUUGCUGGAAGCAGUGGAUCGGGAAGACUUCACAUGCCGUUCAAAUGAUUCUAAAGUUAAUCAUGUAAGGUGACCAAAAUAAAUAAACAAUAGAGCUGUAAAACUUGAAAAUUAAUAAAAUCACAAAAGUUUGAUUGGUUAAAUAUUGGUUGUAAUAAAGAUUGUAAAAUCGCUAACAAUCUUGAAGAACAAAGACAAAUCGC